AUGUCUGAAGAUCUCAUAGAACCACCUCCUCUUGGACCAGAAUUAGCAAGUGGAAAAUGGAGAGUCCGUGUCAUAGUCUGGGAUAGUGAUGUUUCUUCUGUUUUAGAUGGUGAUGCAAGAAUUACAGAAGAACAAAUUUCGGGAAAAGAAGUGUGGAGCAUGCUAAACCGGCGGGUGAUGGUUGAUUUCAAUAGGAACGGUCAGGUUAUCAAGGAUUCAGGAGGCUUGUUUGGUUCGUGGCUAGGCUCAUUAAGUAACGAUCUCAAUCUACUUCCUAUAAACUACACUGAUUGGAGGAGAGUUUCCAAUUACAGAAAAGAGAUGGCUUGGAAAGUAAUUCAGAAAAAAUUCUGGUUUGAUGACCCAAGAAAAAGGAAGAAAUAUGUUCUAUCUACUCUAGGAUGUAGAUGUAGAGCCUUGAAGCAACGCCUUUGGGAGGCUCACAGACGAAACACUAUACAAGAAUCAUUUGAAGCACGGCAGGUUUGGUUCCAGAAGAUCAAUGGAAAGAGUUUGUGGAAAUACAAUUCACUGAUCUAA